AUGACAACGCUGGAACUCUACACUAAGGUACCAUUUGAGGUUUCGUGAUUGUUGUUUUGUUGAACUCGAGUGCCUGGUGCAGACUUCGUAAAGUGAACACCGCCGGCGUUUCUUGUAUUUUCAGGGUGCCAGAGUGUGGAUUCCGCACAGUCAGGUGGUAUGGAUCGGUGGAGAAGUAACCAAAGAUUUGAACACAGAUGGAAUCUUGGAAAUUGAACUUGAUGACGGAAAUGUUGGUUUAAUGUUCCUCGAUUAUUUUAUAAGCCUUCGCAUCAAUUUUGACAACUCGUAGUGAAGUGAUUUUGUUUGCAAAUUUGCAAGCUUGAGUUUAUUUGUUUUCUUCUCACAGGAAAUUACUAUUGAUGUAUCGAAAGACAUAAAGAAAUUGCCUCCUCUGAGAAACCCUGAAGUUUUAGUCGGUGAAAAUGACCUUACAACGCUCAGCUACCUUCAUGAACCAGCAGGUCUGUACACGAAAAAAAUAUCAAUCAAUGUAAACUUAAUUGUUUUUGUGUUAGUUGAUGUGUACAAACUCUUUGUGUGAAUGUAAAUUGAAGUCUCCUUUUGUUGUAACCUCUUAAACAACACGUUAAGUACUAUGGGUAUAAAAUUUCUGUAUUGUAUUUUGUUAUAAAGGUUAUAGCUCAACUCGAAAUCAAAGUUCUUUGUGGGGUUAUAUUUAUCAAGUCUUCAUUUGUUUUUUCAAUUUUAUUUAUUUCUUGCUUUCAGUGUUGUACAACCUUCAAGUCCGUUUUCUGCAAUCCAAUGAUAUAUACACAUACUGCGGUAGGUAUAUAUGUUUGCCCUUGGUUUUCUCGGUUGACCGUUUCCUUUUUGAUAUACCCCUGUGUAGAAAAUAUGGGACCUAAAAUUUCAAUAACCUCAAAAUGUCGUGAAUUUAUUGGUGCGAUACUAAUUGCCAUCAAGGUUUGUAUCUUUGUGUUUAUUUUGCUGAAGAAUCAACGCUCAGCCAUGGAAUAAUAUAUAUAUUUUUGAAAGGAAAAUUGCCGUACAUUCGUUUGAAAACCUGUUGUUAUUGUUUUGUAUUGAUUUUUUUUUUUAUAGAAAAGGACCCUUUUGUUUUGCUUUUAAAUUUGUUUGCCUCGGGCAACAUGUAAAGAGCGUCAAAUCUUAAAACAAUUUUAAGAUGCAAAUUUCUUCUCCCGGACUGAAUAAUUUAGUUGGUAUCUGUCAUAUGAAAUUACUGGAACACUUUUUUCAGCAUCCUAUCCAUUUUCUUCUAAAGUAAGGGAAGAACAAUGAUAGACUGACAUGUCAGUAUUGAAACAAAUUCAAGUUUAAUGAACUAUAACUGUAUUUAUUGAUUACGAUGUUUCUGUUCCUAUGAUUUUAUAAACUCAAACUGAAUAAAACAAUAUACACCUAAAACUACUUCUAUUAUUCUGCUCUACAAACCAACUUAUAUUGGUCAAAUGUUGAUUACUGUAGUUUAUUAACAAAACAUGCAAAUUGAUGGUCAAAGGUAUUUCCUCAUAUUUCACAAAAUAUCCAAAGAAUUCUUGUUAGCAGUUUCAGAUUGACCCGGUGGCAAUAAAUAUUGAUUCCUUACUUCUGUAUUCCAGCCUAGCUAUAACCAAAUCCUUUGUCAAAUUUGUUACUAGCAAGAAAUCUUUUUUGAUGCCUGAUCUUGAAAAAAUUUUGAGAAAAAGGGUUCUUGUCAGGAUCAAAAGUUGAUGUAUUUGCACAGAAAGAAAAAAAUUCUCUGUGAAUUAAGGGGCUUUAGAGAAUAACACAAUGACAUGUAUAUUAUCAAAUAUUACCAAAAUUUUAUCUUUGCUGCACUUGCUUAAAAAAAUGCCAUCAAGCCCAUUUAAAGGUCUUAUACAUGUACAUUUUAUAAAUAUUGUCUUCAAUCAUCUCAAUAUACCCUUAGUAAGUACAAUAAUAAACUGAAUCAAAACUGAAAUGGUUUAUAGUCAGCACUAAAGAUCACAAUAUUGUAUUAAUGUAGACAAACAUCUAGCGGCCAAAGGUAAUAUAUAUUAUUAUAAUAAUUUCUCUUUCGUGGAGGUAGAAAGAAAUAGAAUAAAUUAUAUUUUGUGAUCUUUUUUGGGAAUCAUCUGCCGUAAUGUCGUCAUCUGAUCUGCUCAAAAUACCACAGGAUUUAACCAGCUAAUUCACUCUGUAUUUGUGGUUUUGUUGUAUAGGUAUUGUGCUGGUUGCUAUCAACCCUUAUCAGCAGCUGCCUUUGUAUGGCCCAGAUAUUAUUGCCGCCUACAGUGGCCAGUCCAUGGGUGAUAUGGACCCUCAUAUCUUUGCUGUGGCUGAAGAUGCUUUCAGAGCCAUGUCAAGGUGAGAAAAUGAUGAGGUCUUCAACUCCUUUGUUUUUAGUUAAUUUGGUAAUACGCCUCACCCUUCUCCUUUUUAGAAUAAUACACAUGUCAGGAACCCCAUAAAUGCACGAACCAUUACCAGUGGACAAAUCCUGGUCUUGACAAUGAGGUUUUUGUAUUAAUGAGAGUUUGAGAAAGAAGACAAUAGAGUGUUUUUAAGGUUCAGCCAAAACAGUGGUAAAAAAAGACGUAAUGAAUUAUUUUAUUUUGUAAACAUCAAUGAAAUACCAGGCCGGAGAGCUUUCAUGCAAAAAUAGGAUAACUUCACGUGUGAAAAGAUGACAGUUGCCAUGGCUACAUAAUAAAUCAUGCCUUUCAUAGCAAAAAGCUAUUAAAUUAAGUAAAGCGGUUUGGUAUUUCAUUGGUGUUUAUAUAAUAAAUAUUACUUUACAUGGUUGCUUAUUCUUGUGUUGAAUAAUAUUUCACUUGUUAACUCCACUCGCUUGUGAAAUAUUAUUCACCACUUGAAGGGAAAUUUUGUAUCUCCGUGAGGACAUCUAAUAUCCUCUGUAUAUUUAAACGGGAUGGUUAUCAAGCAGGGUUCCACUGUAGCAGUUUUUUUUUGAAGGAGGGCAUUUAUGUACUUCAGCCUGCUAGCAGAGCCCUUCUUUCACUAGCUUGAUUUUGGCGUACUUACUAAAGACUCUACAUGAAUUGAGUAAGAUGUUUGUUGAGCUUGUGCUGCUUGUUGUAGCCCAUGUAGAAGGUGCCGUUUUAUUUAGGGCGAAGGGAGAAAUUGUGAGGACACACGAGGGGAGAAAAGGAAAGGAGGCACCUGCUGCAGAGUCCUUUGUUUUCCAUUUACUCCCCCAAAAUAACAUGACAGCACUGCAUGCAUCAACUGCCAAAAAAUUGAUUGAAAGCAGAUUGUCUAAUGACUGGAACCGACCUCAGACCCAAAGGGAAAAAUAACCUUGUGAAUUUUGGUUAUAUCUUCAUAAAGUAAACAAUGUACACUGUAAUUUUAAAUUCAGAGCAAACAUGGUGAACAGGCCAACUUAAGUCCUGUCCAGGCUUUUGUCAACAAAAGACAUUGUUCAUAGAUUAAUGAUGGUGAUUUUAAUGAAAUUUAAAAAUCUUUUGCCCAUCACCACUUCUGUUUAAGCUCACAAAGGUAUGCAAUGUACAUUCCUUGCUGCAUAUAUUUCUUUUAUAUAGUCCAGUUUUUCUUUCGAGUCUCACACUGACGUUCCCUUAGAAGUUACCUCAGCUGAUUGAUCCUGAAUUUCGCUUUUUAACAGGCAAAUAACGAUAAUGCUUGCAAAGAUGGUUCUGGUCUUUGCAUCCCAAUACAAAUAUUUGUAAAAUUAAACUUUCUCCAAACCCAGCGGGUAAUACUGCCAAGAGAUCUUUACCAAUCUUUGUCUAUCAUUCUACAGGCAAUGCCUCCAUUGUCUACUCUCUCAAACUGAUGUCCAUUUUUCCUUGUACCUAUUUAGAGAUGGGUUAAACCAGUCAAUCAUUGUGAGUGGUGAGAGUGGUGCAGGAAAGACAGUCAGUGCUAAGUAUGCCAUGAGGUAUUUUGCAUCUGUGGGUGGAGCUUCUACAGAGACACAGGUUGAAAAGAAAGUCUUAGCUUCAAACCCCAUUAUGGAGGUAGGGCCACUGUUUUAUUUAUGAUCAUUGUUAUUUUAUUAUCUUUUCAUCCUUAAUUGCAUUUAAGUGAUCUUACAGGUUUCCAUAGCGACCUACCGGCAUUUGUAAUGCAUCUUAUUGUACAAAUAGGCCUACAGCUGUAUUUUGAAUUUUUUUUUUUAUUUUUGCUUAUUUUUUUUCAAGAGUGGUGCUUCGUAAGUUCUCUCUUCAAUGAAUGAGUUGAACCUUCAACGUUUGAAAUUAAUAUGAGUAAAGACACUCUACAAGACAGUGGAGUGGAACUGAAUUGUUUUAAAAAGAAACUGUUCUCCCAAAGUAUUGCCUAAGUGUUGUUGAAGCUGUAGAAAUUUUUAAAAUAGGGAAUAAGGAGCUGGGUGUAGAGUACCAUAAACGUCUGGCUUAUACAACUUCGUAAGGUUUUAGAUGGAUUUAUAGACAGGGGGCUUAUAUAUAUCCAGGUGAGCUUAUCCUAACAAGCUACAUAGCAGUGCAUAUUCUCCUUCCUCCUGCUACCAGAAUUCUUAAUUAUGAAAACCCUGACUUCUGUUCAAAAUACUUUUUAAAUUUGCUUGCUUUUUUUAACAUGUAAGCCUCAAAACGUCGUCAACAAUUGAACUCAUUACAGUACAAGCUAGAGGGGGCUUAUAACCAGAUGUAAUUAUUUCUUUUGUUUGCAGGUAGUUGGGCCUAUACAUAGGGUGAUGGGGUGGGGGGGGGGGGGCAAGGGGGAGGAGCUUAUAAGCAGAAGUUUAUUGUAAUUUGCUUGUUCGGCUGGCUGUGGGGUUGGGUGUGAUAAGACCUUGAACCAAAAUAUCUCUUCUGACUUGUGAAUGCUAUGGGCUUUAUUUUCUAACAUCUAUUUCAGGCCAUUGGGAAUGCAAAGACAAUUCGAAAUGACAACAGCAGCAGAUUUGGAAAAUACCUGGAGAUUUCCUUUGACAAGAACCACCACAUAACCGCUGCCCACAUGAGGACAUACUUGUUGGAAAAAUCACGUGUUGUGUUUCAAGCACCAGACGAAAGAAACUAUCACAUCUUCUAUCAGAUGUGUGCUGCUUGUGACACCCCAGAGCUCAAAGAUCUCAGACUUGGUAUGUUGAUCUGUUGGUUAACAUUGAUUGAAAAUCAGUGAUCAGCAUUACAAUAUGGAAACAAUAAUUAUAUUAUUUCUGGUAAAAUUUCACACAACAAUAAUUUAUUAUUAUGUUAAACUCAUCAACAAAGAUAAGCUUGAGGGAGGUGCCCAAAAAGUUGAUGGAGCAAAGAACCGAAGCUGAGAGCAAUGCAAAACCAUGACAACCGUGUGAGUGGCAACCACCAGGCACCAUCACACUGCUAACCACUGGAACCUAAAAUUCUUCAAACACCCUGUAUUUAACAAAAUAGAGGACAACUAGGUAGCAGUAAAGCACUGUAGAAGCACAAGCCAUGACAGACAACAACACAUGAAUGUAAUGGCCUGACCUGAAGAGAAAGGCUGUAAAAAUGCAUAAAACCCUGCAAAAAAAAUAGCUCAUAUCUCUACUUUAGACUGCUGGCCUGCAAUGCCCCUAGUUUAACUUAGCCCAAACUUCAUUUAGCCACAUUAAUGUGGUAAAAUUAUGUGUACAGUACCGCUCAAAAGUAAGUUACAUAUACCACCCUCGCGUGAGAAGGGAAUCACAUUACAUGCUACAUGAUUCCUGUAGUGCAGGAUGCCAUUCAAAAGGCCAUGCCUUAGGAUUUACUUGAGACCCUUUAGAACCAAAAGUAGUCAUGUCCCUUGGGACAAGUUGUCGUGCAUUUAAUAUGUGGAUAUAUAUAACUUUGUCGUUUUUUUUUCUUUCGUGUGUAGUUUGAGUGAUUGUGGUAAUUUGUUUUGCCUUCUCUAUAGCACACCAGGACAACUUCUACUUCCUCAAUCAAGGAGAGUGUCCAUAUGUUAAUGAGGUUGAUGAUGUUGAAGGAUUUGAGGAGAUGCGUGAGGCCAUGGACCUUGUGGGAAUUAUGGAAGAUCAACAACUCAUGAUAUUCAGGAUUUUAGCUGGUAUUUUGCAUAUUGGGAACAUUGAUAUUCACCCAUCUGGAGAAGAAGAGAGUGAAAUUGAUGUGAGGCAUAUUCAUUUGUUUGUUAUUAGUGAGAAAUGCUAUACAUCUACAUGUAGGAAUGACAAAAAAUUGUGAUUACACCCCCUGGUCUGGGGGUGUCAUAUUUUGUUUUGGAGCAAAUAGGGUUAGGGUUUAACAACCUUCAUGGGACACACUGAUAGGGGUACACAUUCUUGGUGACAAUCAUUUGGUAACAAGGCAUUCUUGAUUUGUGGUGGUGCCCUUUUUGAUGUGAGUGUUAAUUACCCUUUUCUUGCACUUGGGUACAACCACAUCCAUUCAUGUAAAUUCAGUAAUGGUUUCCCAUUUUGUGAGUUAAUUAUUUUUUUUCUCAUUUUCAGUUAUUACUAUUUUAUUUAGGACAAAGAUGUCCAUCUUGCAAUAGCUGCAGACCUUCUGGGUGUUGAUAGGGGUCAAUUUAAGAAAUGGAUGUGCAAUCGUAAGAUUGUGACUGUGCAAGAAGUAUUAAUCAAACCACUCAAUGUUGAAGAGGUAACUUAUUUUACUUGCCAAAUGUCUUUUCUAGAUGCAUACACUGCAGUAUAAUAUUAUUUGUUGUGAGCUGGCCUGCCUUUGUCUUCCUACAGUAUAAAUAUUUCCAGUUUACCUAGGACUGACAUAAAAUUUAGAAUCUAAUGUACACUGUAACAUUCACCUGUAAAGAUCAACAUAAAAACUUUAUUUGGAAGUAUCUUUUUUGGCUAGACCAGUGCCAUGAUUUGUAAUAGUCAGAAAGCACUGUCAUACUACAACCAUGUCUAUAUACAUUUUGGUGGCAUGUUAGGUCUGGAAAGUCCUGGAACGUGAUUUUAAGAUCAUGGAAAGUUCUGAAAAUCAGUUAACUCACAAGUUUUCUCUUUUUUCACAAUUUUUUUAAGAAGGUUGUCUGAAGCGUUGUAUCUAGUCUUCUUUUGUAAUGUCAAAGUCACUUGAAUUUUACUCUCUCUCUCUGCAACUGAAGAUCUGUUUGAAAAGAUUUUUUGUGGCUAAGGGAGCACUGGAAAAAUCUGUCUUGAAACGUGGAAACUCCUCCUUUAAAUUGGGUGAAAAAAAACUGAAAAUGGCCUAAACAAUGUACAGGUGGUUACAAGGAAGUGAUCUUAAUAGACACGAGGAUUGUGGCUCUCCCUGAUAACCCUGUUUGAGGUUAUACUCAUGUUCUCUCUUUUUAGGCCAAUUUUGGAAGAGAAGCAAUCAGCAAGCACAUUUAUUCUCAGCUUUUUAAGUGGAUAGUUCACUGUAUCAACAAUUCUCUUACCACUAAUGUCAAACAGCACUCUUUCCUUGGAAUCCUGGACAUCUAUGGGUGAGUAUAAAAUCAUUAGAGCAGUUUCCAGUUGUUUGUUGUAAAUUGAACUAAAAAAAGUGAUGGCUCUGACAAAUAAUUGACUCUUACAUAUAUCUGGUCCUAAGAGUUGAUUUCCAGUUUCGUGUAAUUUUUAUGAGCAUAGUGCGUAAAAUUAUUUAAGUUUGCAAAUAAAAUACAUGUAGAGGCAGUGCAUGAAAGGUUGCGUGUAAGGGUAAAAGUUGAACCUCACUCAACUUCUUGUUUAAGCUUAGCACUUUUUAUCUUGCCGCUAUUUUAUUUAUGUGAUUAGAAUUUAUGUGCAUUAUAUGCAUAGCCAAAAACGUGUCAGUGGAAAUCAAGCUUAAGGGAAACAUCUACAUCUACAGUGGAAGCUGUCGUAAUUGGACACCUGAAGGAUGCAAAAAGUGUCCCUUUACUAGAGCUGGCCGCUUACAAUAAUGUUUCUCAUCAGUGGCCAAGGAUUAAAUGGCCACUUUUGGGGGCUAAUUGCUCUACUAUAAAUAAACAUUGGAAAUGAAAAAAAACUGUUUGUUAGUGUUUGGCUAUACUAUUGUUCUGAUAAUGUUAUAAUUUAGCCACAAGCGUAACAUCCAAGUGGUGUUAAGUUUUGAGGUGUAACUGGACGUGUAUGUGAAAAAAAAGCACUGAAACUGAUAUAAAUUCAUUGUGAUGAACAGCAAUAUGAAGUUGAUAUAUUAAAAUACAGUAUACAUGGCCACUUAUGUUUGCUAAAAUCUAACUUGUAAAUGCCAAAAGUGUCCACAGAAUGCAGAGUUUGUAUGUCAGUUAAAACAAGGUUUUGUGACGGUGGCUGUAAGUAGAGAUUUCCACUUACAUGUACAAGAGUGUCCAUUAAGAGAAUUUCCACUCAGCAGUUUUUUCCCAAGAGUCUUUUGUUGAUGUUUGGCAACAUCAAGGUUCGUUUGCAUCAAGAAUCGUAGUUAUCCCUUCCAAAGAAUUUCCCUGAUGGAGGCUGACUACAAAUUCAUGAAAACAAACUUCUCUAUCUUCCUUCGUCUUAUCAAUGCUGAUAUGUCACCAAAAUUAACACCAGUGUUGUGAUCACUGGAAGUAUAUUGCGUUACAGAUGUUGACUCACUUGAUUACUGGAAUGUUUGACGCAAAUAUACCUGUUAAUACAGAGUGUAAAACACAAAUUUUUGAAUCAAUAGAGAAUCAAAAAUAGUUACUCAAGUUUCACACAACAAGCCAUUCCUACUUAUGUCAGUCCUGUAUGUACUAUGUUUUAAGACAAAAAAAUUAGUUAAUUGCCGUUAAGUUACAUGAAAAUUCAUUCAAUAUGCUUGAAUGCUGUUUUUGCUGGUCUGUCUUCACCUCUUAACUACUUUCGACAAAUGUGGGAGUCUUUUCCUGUAGUGUGUUACAUCUGAUAUUUGCUAAGGGUAAAAGCUUUACAAAUUCGGUAAAUGACUUCUAUUUUCAGCUUUGAAACUUUUGAAGUGAACAGUUUUGAACAGUUUUGUAUCAAUUACGCAAAUGAAAAGCUUCAGCAGCAGUUUACACAGGUAAAUUUAUAUUUCUGUCUAACAUGCAUCAGUGCUGAGAACCUCAAUGUUUAUUUAAUAAGCAUAAAGUUACUUUUUAUUAUCAUUUUUUUUCAUUAUCAUAACAUUUUGAUUUUGAUAAUAUACAAUCACUAUUAUAGUCUAGUGCACUUCUGCAGGCGUUGAGUAGUAACUUACCAGAGAACAAUUAGUAUUACAUUGUACAGUGUACAACUCUGUACAGUACAUUAUCAAUUCAGGGCUUCUGAUAUUUCGCGGAAAAAAAAGCCAAAUUUCGCGGGAUUUUCGCGGGAAAAAAGUCAAAAUUCGCGGAAAAAUCGGCCGAUUUUGCGGGAUUUUCGCGGGAGAAAAGUCAAAAUUCGCAGAAAAAUCGGCCGAUUUCGCGGGAUUUUAGCGGAAAAAAGUCAAAUUUCGAAGGAUUUUCAGGGGCAAAUUCUUAGAAAAAUCGGCGGAUUUCACGGGAAAUUUCAGGGGGAAACUUCGCCAAGAAACAAUCAGUAAAAAACAGCCGAUUUCGCUUGAUUUUUUGGGGCAAAUUUCGCUAAAAUCGAUCAAUUUGCGUCGAUAUGGCCAGCGUUGUUUAAUGUUUUUUUUACAGGGAUAAUCAUUUGCUCUCUCAACAACAGUUCGCUCGAGAAAUGAGCGAAUUCUAAAGCUGUCAACAUUAUGGUUAGUGCCCAGUUUUCAAUCAUCUAAGAACGCCUGCUAGUUUUGGGACGUUGUUUACUCGUUGCAGUGACGAAGUUUCAAGAGAAACUCGGACGUUUGGGGUGAAUAGAACAGGUCUAAUAGCCAAGAUAAGUAUUAAAUAUGUUUUGCCGACAUGUAUUUGGAAAUAUCUCUGGCGGAUUUCGCGGUAUUUCGCGUUUUUUGGGAAAUUUCGCGGGAUUUCGCGGAAAUACCUGAAUUUCGCGGGUCCGCGACCGCGCGAAAUAUCAGAAGCCCUGUAUCAUGAAUCCUUAUACGUAGCAAUAUCUGCAUAAUUUACCAUCAUUCUCGUGAACUCAUUAUGACUCAUUAUCUCUUGGGUGUUACAUUUGCUAAAUUCCUAUUUGGAAGUAAACAAUCUUGCCCAUUUCAAAAUAUUAUAGGUACACUUGGUUUUCCUCAUGGCCUUUAUCAAUAAUACAAGUUUAUUCAACAACAUUGAAAGGGAAAAGUUUACAUAAUAUGUUCUCAAACUCAUUAGUAAUUUAUAAAGAAAAUACAAAGGAAAUUAAUGUUAAUGAGUGUUUGGAAAACAGAUGGAAAACUGCUCAUUUUUGCAUCCUUAAUUUGUCCUUCUAAAAUCGUUUUGUUUGAGAAGUAAUAUCAAGCAUUCGACACAGUGUUUCAUCACCAGAUGAAACACCUGGAAGUUCGUCAAAAAUACUCCUCAGCGCGUCAUUUCUUCAACUCUCUUCUUAGUCUUUUAUGUGGUGAUGAAACACUGCGUCUCAUGCCUGAUAUACAGCUAUUUCUAGAAAGGCUGUCGGAAAAAAUUUGCACGCGACAAUCCCGAAAGGUAGUAUGGGAUACGAUCAAUUCACUGUUCCUGACACUGUAGCUUUCGAACCUACUUUUGUUGCUUUCCUUUAGCACUCUCAGACAUAUUUCCAUGGCCUCUCGUGCCAUUCUCUCAGAUUUCUUUGAAGAACAGUGAACUCAAAACCACCCACAAUACCUUUCGGGAUGUUCGCGUGCACUUUUUUCCCACAACCUUUUUCGAAAUAGCUGUUUCCUGCCACACAUCGGAAAGGCUAAUCUAGGUGCGGAGAGUAAAUCUAUUCAGUUGUGCAAAGGUAAUCAAGAAGUAUAAACCAAGUUAAAUUUGAACGGACAUAAAUAACUGAGACCUGAACCAUUGAAAGUUUAGGGAUUGAAUGUUACUUAUAUGAUGAUUACAGCACGUCUUCAAACUGGAACAAGAUGAGUAUGUGAGGGAAGAAAUUGAGUGGUCGUUCAUCAACUUUUAUGAUAAUCAGCCCUGUAUUGAACUGAUCGAGUCUAAGCUUGGAAUCCUUGACUUGUUAGAUGAAGAAUGCAAGGUAAACAUUUUCGUGGAUUAACGUUUCAGUUCACACAUAAACUAAGCCCACUGAAUUGCAUUUGCUUUCAAGAAAUAGAAAAAUUAUCAGCAGCUCCGCUCAGAUUCUCAUUUCCAUUUCAAUUAUUGAUCUUCACAUAAUAAUACGCGUUUUAUCCUUGAUUAAAAUACAGUCCUAUUUUUUUGGUCUAAUUUGGCUUCCAUGAUCAGGGCCAAUACAGUGCAAUUACUUAGUCAAGGCUGAUUUAGACCCAUGGGUUAAAAUGGGUCCCAGCGUGGGCUGGAAUAGUUUUUUCAUUGGUCUGUUUUGGUUUAAAUUGUGCUCAAAUGGCUCCAGGAGAGGUUCCUGCAGGACUAAAUUGGCACUUUACGGCUAAAACAUCUUUUUCAUUUACAGUGUUUGCCAGUGUCAUUUUUUUAACUGUUAUUUUUAUUCUUCGCUAGAUGCCUAAAGGUUCUGACAGCUCAUGGAUUCAGAAGCUGUACAAGCAACACUUGAAAAAGCAGCAUUUCAGUAAGCCACGCCUUUCCCAGACAGCUUUCAUCGUGCAUCACUUUGCAGAUGAUGUGGAGUAUGAAGCGAACGGUUUCGUGGAGAAAAAUCGCGAUACUGUUAAUCAAGAGCAUUUGGCAAUCCUUAAAGCCAGCGAGGUAAGAGCAGAAUAGCGAUGGCUUAGCAGGGGCACCCAACGACAAUUUUCGGAAAAUAUCUGUUCGGAAGACCAUUUGAGACCUAGAAUUUUCGGAACAUUUGUUGUAAAAUUUCAUCUGUUGCCUCUCCUAGGAUUUUCGAACAUCCGAAAAAAUGGUAUAAUUGCCCUUUUUGACGGAUUUUACCCAGGAAAAAGGUCAUCUAAAAUUUUAGGGAGCCUUUUUUCUGGGUGAAAUUUUCGAAAAGGUUAAAAUUUGAAUUAUAAAUUUUUUCGGAUCACGAACUUUCAGGAGAAAUCCGAACAGAUCAAAAAUUUUUAGGGGAUAAAAAUAUGCCUAUAUCUACCGCUUAAAACUAAAAUACGUUUAACAAUGCUAUGUUUAAGUGGUUUUGAACUAUAUUCUCGUUGGGUGCCCCUGGCUUAGGCCAAAAGUUAGUCCCUUCAGGGAAGUAUCCUUGGCUAUUUCCCUUGACCAACGUAAUGAAAUAGCUAAUGAAAAUUAUUUAAAUUGAUAUGAACGGACAAUUUUUCAUUUAGCAAUGUAGUGGCACUGAAAUAUAAAUUCAGACUAAGUAGAAAAACACCUUAAAGACCUUCAAUAAAGACCUUUAAUUACUUAAUUAAUUAACCACUUUUUAAACAUCUUUGAAACUUAAACGAAAAUUGACGUGUCUUACAUUAUCAUUAAAAAACCUUUAAAUUUUGUAGUAUGUAGAGCUACGUUAAUAAUAUGCCUGUAAUAAUAAUAAUCUUAAUAAUAAUCUUAAUGAGACCUCUAAACCGUGUUUGUUUCUCGUACAGUAUGAGUUGGUGGCACAAGUUAUAGAGUAUACACAGCAUGUAAGUACUUUGCAUGAAAUGCAGGUUAAGAUCGUCUAUAAACGUCUUUGCUUUGACUGCUGAUACGUGUACAUCUAAACUGUAUGAAGAGUGAUGUGAACCGGGUCUUCGCACGAAUCAUGAUCACUGAGCUAAAGCUGGAACGCAGGAGAUAAUUAUGAUGAUGAUAUUUUUAAAUGUUUUAGUUUCGCAGGCCAGUUAUACAAUAAAAUGAUCAAUUUUUUGAAUUUCACUGCAGUUAUCUCUCUUAAUUCGCUGCAAUAAAGCCAAUUAAGUAUCUUCCUUUUUCUUAAAAGAUCGAAAUUGUUAUUCCUUAAACAGUAGGAAAUGUUAAAUAACAGAUAUAAAGAACCCUUUGGUUAGUUCGUAGCCGGUAAUUUGUAAUAAUAGUUGACGUGAAGCAAAAAACAGCUUUUUGGUUUACAACUCAGACCCUAAUUAAAAGAAUUCCACUGAUCAUUUCUCUGUAAAUAGUAAACCUAUUCAGUACACUCUCUUAGCUUCCGAUAACUCCAAAAAAACCCUUAAACUGCGCCACGUAACCAAAUAGCUUAAGAAAACUACUCUGCGCUUGUACAUGGACUUUCGAAACAGCAACUGGAGGCAAUGGCAAUUCAGCAUUGUCCAGUGUUGGAAUGGGGCGGUAUUAUGUAGGAGGCAUUCACAGUUCAGCAUUGUCCAAUGUCGGAAUGUGGUGGUGUUAUGCUGGAGGCAAUGGCAAUUCAGCAUUAUCCAAUGUUUGAAUGGGCGGUAUUAUGCUGGAGGGAAUGGCAAUUCAGUAUUGUCCAUGGUCGUGUGUGCGGAGUAUAAACUGUGUGUUUUGUUACAGUAUGAGAUGGUAGGAGACUUGUUUACUGACAAUGAAGCCCAUCUGAUGCCUCGCAAAAGAGCAGCCUCCAGAACAGGCAAAAAUGCUGCUAAAUCCAAGAGAAGUGUGGGAUCUGAGGUUUGUAUACUCUCACUUCAUUAACUUGUUGUUUUCUUCUUUUAACUAUCACAGUUUGCAAUCGCCUUUCUCACACGCCUCAGUGGUAAAUUCGCUAUGCUAUGAAUUUUCAGACGUUAUGUCCAGACUUUACAUGCAACUUCAGACUGGAAAGUGCACUAUCCAAUUUUGCCCGGUUGGUGAGAGUUCCGUUACAGUGCAAACGACGGAAACCACUGGGACUUUAAUACAUGAAAAUUGUGUCAACGAUACUCGUUUGUGCUCAUGAUCUGCUCUGCAAAGUUUCUGCUUUGCAUAAUAUCAUCUGUAGCAUAGUUUCUUUUUCCGCCGCUCUUUCGCGUUCGCGGACUUUGACGUUGAGCUCUUUUUCUUCCAGACGACAGCUGCUAAUCGAUCCCUGUACUCGUAUCAAAGUUCUUGUUUUUGAUUACAACCGUCCAUUAUAUUUUAUUCUUAACAACUUUGUUUUCUCCUCUGCAGUUUCGAGAAUCUUUGUCAAAACUAAUGGGAACUCUAAACAGCACUGUGCCUCAUUACAUUCGCUGCAUCAAACCUAACGACCGCAAAGCACCAUUUGAGUUCAAUCCGCAGCGAACUAUUCAACAACUGCGCGCAUGCGGAGUACUGGAGACUGUUCGAAUCAGUGCCGCUGGGUACCCCUCUAGGUGGAGCUAUCCAGAAUUCUUUAACCGUUACCGCAUGCUGCUGAAAUUUAAAGACAUAAACAGAAAGAAGCCUCAAGCUACAAUAAAGCUGUUAUUGACCACUUUUAUUAAGGUAAUUCAUCGAUUCGAUUGUUUCAGUUGAGAUGAAGUACUCAUACACUACCGCUCAAAAGUUACCACUUUCUCGUGAGACUCGAAUCUCGUCGCGCACUACGCGAUUCUCGUAAGUAAUAUGACUAAAAUUAUUGCUCGUAGCGCGCGACGCGGUUCCUGUCGCGUGUAUGAGAUCUUGUCGUCAUUCUUUUGCUACUUUUCAGUUAAAAUAUUGUUCUUCGUGCAAAGUGAGAUAUUUGACCAGCCGUUUUUGAAGGGCUGCCGGUGAUGUUGCUCUACUCUUCACUGGACUGUCUUCGGUGAUCAAUAUCCGGCUUCAAAAGAUUAAGCAACCUUUUUUCUUAAGUCAUUCGUGUACCUCACAAACAAAGUGUCACUGACAGUGUCUGGGUCUCCGAGGAUGGGCAAACGUUGGAAAAGUGAGAUCGAGCGGGAGAACGUGCAGAGCCUCUAGCGUUUCCACGCGUGACCGAUUUCCCUCUUCCCACUCUUGAACGUCCACUACACUGGGUAUUAGAACAUAGACAAUCAAUACUUAACCUCGCUUAACUAUCCAUCUAGUAAGUAUAUUAUUGGAAGAAGCCUUGUUUUCAAAGAAAGACGAAUUUAAGAAGCGGGGGGACGGGGGGCGGGCAGGGCAUUACUGAGGUGAUUGAAUUAAAUUUGACUGAGAGGUAAGAUUGUUAAAAGUUCUCUCUUUCGAAACGUCUUAAAAUUCUCUUAUUUUCUCAAAGGAUCCUGACAAGUUUCAGAUGGGUAAAACCAAGAUCUUCUUUCGAGCUGGUCAAGUAAGUUGUGUCCAUACGUCUGUAAUUACUUCGUGGGUUACGCAUUAGUCUCAUAAAUUUACAAACGUAUUCCUUUUGGAGAAUUCUUUUGAUUCUGGUUUUCUUUUAGGUCGCCUAUUUGGAGAAAUUAAGAGCCGACAAGCUUCGGGACAGUUGUAUAAUGAUCCAAAAGAAUUUCCGUUGUUGGAGAGAGCACCGCCUCUACCUGAAGAUGAGGCGGUCUGCUAUCCUCAUUCAGGCCUCGGUUCGAGGAUAUCUUGCGAGAAGGUACAUACUUGAACAAUAGUUUUGCAGUUUUUAAAAGGAACAUAUCUUUUCAGAAAAUUUCGAUUUUGGUGGUUGUACGAGCUUACACUUUUGUCUGAAAAGGAAAGUAAUCAGUUUCUUCUGUUAAAUUGUCCGUUAAGAGUCACAUGUGGUGGUAAUACAAAAUCAUUUUUUACCAGUUUAUUUUUAAGAGUUUGAUUUAGGCCCCGUCUAACGAUUCUGGACAUUUUUGAAACCGCAAAGUUGUCUACCCGGCGGAUUCGUGUGGACGGCGCCUUAAACUACUCUGGAGAGAUCUGGAGACCGGUUUCAAAAAGAUGCGGUUUCGGUCAGCGGAUUUAUUGGUUUCGCGUGAAUGGAAGGCGGAAUCUCGUAACAAAUAUACGAUUUCAAAAAUAUCCGAAUUCGUGUGGAGGCCUUAAUCAUCGUGUAUAUGAAGAUGCGGGUAUAACUUUGCACAUUUUCCGCAAAGUUGCGUGUGUCUUUAUUAUGACUGAUUUCUUAACGAAGAUUAUAGCUAAAGCAGUAGAAGUCUGUUGCGUCACAUACACAUACGUAAUAGCAGCUGGCACUAGGCUUAAAGAAAUAUCUGUUUUAUUCCCAGACUUGCCCAAGAUCUGCGUGAAACAAAGGCCGCAAUCACAGUCCAGCGGUAUUACCGUGGACAUAUCUGCCGAAGACGGUUCGUCUCUCUUCGGAAAGCCGUCGUUAAGAUCCAAUGCUUCACUCGUGGAAUGUUCGCCAGACGACUUCGUAUGCGCCUUCUGUACGUGGCCAAAGCUAAAAUCAUCCAGCGGUGUUGGCAGAGGUACAAAGCAAGGAAACGAUACAGGAAUUAUAAGAAAACCAUCAUCUAUCUGCAGUCGUGUGUGCGCAGGGUGAUCGCUAGACGACAACUCAAGCAGCUCAAGGUGCGGUCAUUGUGCCGUUGCUUUUCAAAUCAAACUUUUGCUCCCGGUAUUAAAAGUGGAUCUCUGGCUUCGUGAUGAAGUUCUUAUCAAUUUGUUGACACAUUAUUCAUCACUGCCCAAGUUUUACCUCUCAAAUCAGACAUAUUUUUGGUUUGAUCUUAUUAUAGUAAUUAGAAGGUAGUUAAAUUGCAGGGGCGGAAAACGUAGCUAUAUUUAAGGGCUUUGAUUCGGCUCCGCUUAAACCAAAUACUAUAAUUAAAAAGCGAGGGAGAGCGAUAAUAUAGUAAGGGGAAUCCUCAUGAUGUGCGCGUGGGCUCUUUAUUUGCACUUUGCUGCCCCCCUUUUAACGCCGUCUUGUUUAUGUCUUCUUUUUGUUGUUCAGAUCGAAGCGCGCUCUGUGGAACACUACAAGAAGUUAAACAUUGGAAUGGAGAACAAGAUCAUUCAUUUGCAACAACGAUUGGAUGAACAGGUAUUUGCCCAGCUGUUAAGCCUCCGGCUGGCUCUCACAGUCAGUUAUGUCAGUGAGCUGUAGUGUUUGAGUAGUCUUGGGUUUGUUCCGUUUUCGUUCAGGUUAAUUCAGUCCUUCAGUCCUUUACACUGGGCUGGCACCUUUUCAUGUGAGGCGUCACAGGCGAACAGUGGAUUGAUCAGGAGUUAAGAGACCAGACAAAGAACAACCCUUGGUCCUCCAGGCUGGGGUUUUAGCCCUGUGCUACCAAGCGGAUAAUGAUUACAGAAACCUAAAGCACUGUCUCUGCUUAACAUUAUGAAAUUGGUUCCCAUUCAAAAACAAAUCUUGUACACAUUUUUAUACCUUUUUUGAACAGCACUGUUGUUAGAUAUCUGAAUUUACUGGUUGAAUUUUCUCUUCUCAGGUCAAAGAAAAGGAACAAGCUCAAGCUGCUGGAAGGGAACUUGAGGCUACACGAAAGGAGCUAGACCAAGCAAAGCAGUGGAAGGGCCACUUUGAGUCUACCCAAGCCAAGAUGUUAGAGUUAGAACUGGUCAUAAAAGAAUUAAAGGAGGAGCUUAACGCGGCAAUUGUAGAGAAAGAUGAUACUAAAGAACAAGCUAAAAAUGAAAAGGAGGAACUAGAAGAGGUUUGGUCCAGUUAUAAUUUUUCUUUGCUCGCGACGCUUAUAUUGCUUUCCAAAGUACUGUAUUUAUUCGCCCUUUAUGAGCGGUUGUAACUUAAUUUACCUGAAAGCUUCAGUCAAGGCGACAACGAUGGCGUCGAGAACGUCGUUGAAUAAGCAAAACAGCAACUCUGCGCGUGCAGUACAUGUUUGUUCCAUUUCUUUGCCGUCAUUGCACGAUUGCGGCACGAAUUUCUCUAACUUGGCAUUUUAUGUAGGGAGCAAGCACACGACCACGAAUGUUCCUUUCUCUUUCUGUGAACCUGGGUGUGUUUCCUAAGGAUUCAUCUCUAGGAAUUUCACUUAUGUUUAGCAGAUUGACUGGACUUGGAAUAUUCACGGUAAAGUUUGAAAGAAUUUGAAUUUAUCGGCUUCAUUAGUGACGUUUUCGCUACCGUCGCUGUUCGCUUUUGCUCUCUACUUACUUUGCAGUCCCUUAAAAGAUUAUAUGGAAACCAAGAUUUUCUGUUGCUUUGGAUUCGCCGUGAUUUUCAGUUUUGUGGCAAAUCAGAGUUAUGCAAACAGACCGUGCAAUGAAGCCAUUAGACUGACUCAAUUGUACAAAAAAAACGUGAUGCACGUGAAAGGCUCUGUUUUGCUAAGAACCGGCGGAACCGCGCAAGUUUUUGAACGGCAAACAGAACUGCAGUCUUGCACAGUUCCAUGUAAACGGAUUGCACAGGUAGAAAAUUCUUCCGUCCAAACAUUUGUCCGGACCCGUGUAAACGUGGUCUGAACCUAUUGCUUUUUUUGACGUUGCCGUCACUGUCACAACGUCUUAAACCCCCUAUACUAAUAAGGCGAAAGUCACUUCGGAUUGUUCGAUUUUAGCAUUGGUUGGCUACGAACGCUGCAUUGCAUAUCCAAAGCAAACGUGGAAAUAGUGAUUUGUCAGUGGUGAGCAAUAAUGGAUCUGCUCGCCACUGACAAAUCACCAUAUUUUGCAAUAACUGAGUUUUAUCAUUCGAUCACCGAAUUUAUUUUUUGAUGAAUGUCUUCGUGAAGCGAAGUGAUCUGCCAUUGUCAAGCAAAUUUCAUUUACACAUGAGCAGAAUAUUUUUAUUUAUUUAUUUUAUUUUAUUAGCUUCGCCUAUGACAUGAUACAGAGAGAAAAAAAGUAAAAAAUAUAUAUUGAAAUGCUUAAUUAGGCAGGGAUAUCUCCACAGCGGUAAGCCAGUUAUAGUGGUCCCAGAUAUUAUUUGCAGCCAAACACAGUAAUGGACGACAUUGCGCAUGAGCAGACCAUUAUUUGUAGGCAGUUAUUGGUCACGUCGUGGGCUAUAGGCCAAUGAAAAGGAUUGCAUCGAAUAAUAAUCUCUCUGAUUUUUCGUGCAGAUAAACAUGAAACUGAAGGAGGAAUUGGUAAAACUAACGGAGGAGCUUGCAGAAGCAAAGGCCAUCACGGAAAGAGAGGUCUCACUCAGAGAUGGUAGGCACUGCUACAAUAAACAAUAAUUCUAGCGCAGUUUAUUAGCUGUGGGACAGAAUGAUUGUUGGGAACACGUAUUGGAGAAGAGAAGUGAUGACGUCACAAAACUAAAUUUGUGAAAUCAUGGGAUAGGUUGGCAUAUCCAGAAAGAACAAGAUGAAAAAUGCUCACUUGCCAAAAAUCAGCCUGUUAGUGCAAAUUGAUAGGGAUAUAUAAGCCUUGUUAUGCUCAAAUAACUCCAUUUAAAUCCCUCUAAAAUAGGUCUGGAUCGAAAACGCUUCGAUCCAAGCCAAUUUUAGAAGGAUUUGUUUGGAGUCAUUAAAACAUAAAGGUGCUCGUAUAUCUCCCCGCCAAUUUGCAACAACAGGCUGAUUUUUGGCAAGGGAGCUUUUUCAUCUUGUUCUUUGUGAAUAUGCCAUUUAAUCCCAAUCCAAUCUUCUCAAUUCACGGAAGGACUGGACUUUUUUUACGUCAACUAAGUCUCAUAUUCAGGUCGUUGACAGAUUUUUUUAUUUGAUAAAUCAUGCCAAUUGUGAGAAGGCACCUUUUCGAUCGGACUGACCUUUCCUGGGACUUGUCACCGGCUUGUCAAAGUUUUAGUGUAGUACUGCAAAUUUUUCGUACAGUCUUUCACAACUCUUUGUCAAGAACAUAGCCCUCACGCUAUACUGAUAAGACCACUUUAUGUAAUUCAAUAGCUAGAAAUAUAAGUAAAAUCUUGCUAAGCUAUUCUAUACAUCUUCUCUGUAGAAAUUAUAACUCAAAGUCUUGAAGCCCAAAGACAACAGUUACUAGCUGAGUUUGAAGCUGAGCGGACCAAUCACCAGCGCGUAUUACGAGACUAUAACCGGCUGGAGCAACGCUAUCAAAAUCUUCAGGACGAGCUGGAGAUUGAGAAGCUAAGCCCAGCGCCUCGCAGAGUAUCUGGAGAAGCUCACAUGGGCUUUGACGGCUUGAUAAGUGCGAGCAGUUCAGGUUCGUCCCAAAACAUUUUGCUGCAAGACUUGUACAUUGUUUUUCAGAAUGCUUUGUUUGUGUCCACUGUUCAUGGAAGCUACCCGCCUACUCCUCCCCUAAACCAAUGUUAUCAGGGACCUUACGAUCCGACGACGGCGACGUUUGCGCGAACGUCAAAAAAAAAAAAUAGGUUUUGAAUGUCAAAACAAAAAUUUCGCACUUGCAGCACACUUUUUUGUACAUUACUUUACACUCACUGCACGACUGCGACAUGAAAAUGCCUUGUUCGCGAAGACGAAGAGAGAUUUUUUUUUCUCUUUCUGAACUUGGAUUUGGUUCUUAGAAUUCCAACUACAGAAUAGUUCGUCCACAUUUGGCAAAGUAAGUGAAUGGAAUAAUCGCGAUGAAGAUCAGUUGAAUUAACGCGAAUUCACUCUUUAAGCGACUUUUUCGCCUCCGUGGCUGUCCUCAGAUCCUAAGGUUCCUAUUACUAACUUCACACAUAAGGCAAAAUGUGGUUUGGGAGCGUUUCUUAGAAUCUUAUCUUCUAUUCAUUCUUUUGAUGUUGGCUUUGUCUGUGUGAAUCCUGUCAGAAAUAAUUAACAAAGAAAGCAGAGCCUAAUUAUUUCUGACAGGAUUUACAAAGAGAAAGCCAACAUCAAAAGAACAAACAGAAGAUAAUUUUCCCUCGUUUCUCCCUGAGACUGCGUCGGGAAAUCACCUCUCCUUACUGGCUUGCCGCAACAUGCCCAAAAAAAUAGCUAAAUAUCCCCUUUUUCUGACGGUUUCUGUUAGAACUCUACUUGUUUCCUCUCUCUGAUUUUUUUAUUUCAUACAAAAGAAAAAUAAUUGCUUUUUGCCAUCAUUUCUUUGCGUUAAUAUGUUGACCCCGAAGACAAAAAUACCAAAAAAUUGUGCUGAACCUGCGAUUGACUUUAAAAAACGCGUUGCAUUUCUUUCCCAGAGGCCUCGCUUGUGGACGCAGUGGAGUUAGAACAGCGCCAAAAUGAGGACGGAGAAUCUACAAUUAAAAAGAGUAAGCUAGUGCGAGGUUUGAAGAAAAGAGUAAGAGAGCUGGAAGACAAAGUAAUGGAAUACGAACAAGCGCAACAGCCCAAAGGAGACAAUGUACCAGUGAUAAAUGUGGAAAAAACAUCUGAACAAAAAUCACCUAGUGAAGAUCAGAUUGUUGAAUCAGAAAAAUAUCAGCAAGUAGUAAAGGAAAAAGAGGAUUUAGAGAAGGAAAAAAUAAAUCUAGUCGGGGAAGGCAAAAAAAUGAGAUCAGAGCUUGAGCUUCUAAGAAAACUUGUCAGUCAGAGGAAUAUUGAUAAGGAAGCGGAAUGGGAUAUGAUUAAUGAAAAAAUGAAAGAGAUUAGCGUUGAUCGUGACCAGUUAGAAAAUGAGAGGAAUCAUUUAAGACAAGAGCUUAUUCGAAUGGCAUCCGUGGCUAAAGACUUGCACAAUGUCGAGGAGUUGCUUCGAACCAAUCCGGAUGAAAGCGCUUACGUGCUACAAGCUGAAAGUUUGAAGAAAGCGAACAAUGUUCUGCAGACUGAACUGCACGAUUUGAUCAAGAAAGAACAGGACUUGAAGAAAGCAAACGAUAAACUGUGGAUGGAAAAGGCUCAGUUACAGAGGGUAAGUCACGGUGCCGGUCCAACUGCCUAGAUGACGGUUUUAAUUGCGGGGUGGGGCGAACGAUACUCCCUAUAGGGGCUAUACUGAGAGGAUCUGCUUGAAAUGGGUGUCCUUUCUGUCACAAAAAUGGUAUAUGAAAGGAUGAGGGGCUGGACCCCGGGGCGGAACCUCCCCAUUUAAAAAUUUUUCGUUUAAAAAGAACUGUGCUGCUGAGUCGGUGGGGAUAGAAAUGAAGCGGUUUGGUUUUAUCAAUUAAACUUAGCUGAUCAAGUAGAUUAGCACUCUCUCCUAAGAGAUUAAAACGUCCAUUGUCUUCGCGGUGUUCACCGUAUAUUCUCGCACCUAAUCCGCGCUCAAAAUAUCCAGCCAUCAAAUUGUCCUUGUCUGUAAUUGUAGAUUUUUGCCGUCUCGGCUUUUCCGUAUACGGAUUCACCUAAUUAUGUGGUAAAUUUUACAAGAUUAAACUCACCGUUAGUUGUUGUAUUGUAGGGACAAGGCCAGUCAAUUUCGAAUAUGGAUGGCAACUUUGCCAUGGAGGUUUCUCGAUUGGUAACAGAGAAUGUGGUAAGGGAAAAUUAUUUGGUUGAACUUUUUAACGUAGAGAUUUGUGAAGCUGUCGGCUCAGCAUUCUAGUUAAAGCUUUUUAAGUUACUAAUUUCCUAGGUCGUUUUACUGUUCGAGUUGGGAAUUUGAUCUAACAGUCAAUGCUGUAGUCUCCCCAGCAUCCGGUUUUGUCUCGUCACGCAACUUUCCUCCGGGGAGGAGUGUUUCGUGACGGGACAAAAACGGCUGCGAGGGAGUCUAUUAGUGAUGAGAGAUCUAGUUUGAUAAAGCAUAACAAUGAUGUUGACAUUUUCAGGAGCUGAGAGAGCAGGUUGAAAAACUUGAAGCUGAACUAGAGGAAUACAAGAAAGGUGGAAUGGCGUUGACGCCAGUCCGAGGAAGAACCCAGUCGUACAAUAAAGGCAAGUUGUUCAGUUUCUCAUUAUUGGGCUGCCUGUGGCACGCGCAGUUAUAAAAUGAGCUUUCUCUGUCGAAAAAAGGCAACAUGGCAGAUGGAUCACCCAGAAGGCGUUGCGUGUCCUAUCCCCCCCUGUGGGGCCUCUUAUUUGACUUUUGGCGGGAGGGGAAAAAAAUUGGCAGACUUGUAACGAAAAUGACGUUAUUGCGUGAAGUUAUUUUUUGUAUAAUUACAGUUGAAAGAAAAAUCGGGGCGAGAUUUUUGGAUUCAGUACCAUGCAAUAAAGGUCAAAGGAAGUGUUUUUUAGAGUUUAGUCCAUUAUUCUUUUUCCGGAAUACGGUCAAGCGAACGCGCACUAAUUGAUCUCCAAAUGCACCUUUAUUUCUCUGCGUGUCUAUUUCACGGGAUAGGAUUAGCUAGGACCAGCUAUACAUCCAGUAUAGAAAACGUUAGACCACUACAGCCAAUAUCGCCCGUUGAAAGUGUCUUGUUUUACCUGGAAGGUGCUAACCGAUACUGGGGUCUGAUAGCGUGAUCAAACAGGAAAAAAGGGACAAUGAAAAAAACUACUUUUAAGAUAAGGGUUUUAGUUUCACUGUUUAAAGUCAUUACCCUGGGCUUAGUUCCUCGAAAUCGAAGGCCGGGUAACGCUUACCCAGUGUUAGAAUUUAAGACCAACAUUGGAUUCACUUUCUUGUAGACUGUUGACGGUUGUCAUUUCGGGUCAGCAUAACCGGGUUUCGACUCGACAGUGUUUUAUCACCCCUUUUUGUGUAUUACUUUACGUCACUGUUCGAUUGUCUCAAGAAUAUUAAGAUUCUUUGUGCUGUGGACUGACGUUAUGUGUUUCCUGUGGACAUUUUUCUCGCUUUUUUAGGAGAGCUUGAGCAGAAGAGAAGAGCUCAAAGCUUCUUAUCUGGCCAAGAACCAAAAGCUGGAAAAUUGGUAAGACAUAAAGUUAGUACAGACAAAGCGACACGAGUCUCUUCGGUAGCUUUGGAGGUGUAUAGUGAUAAAGUGAAAUUUGAAUAAUAGUUGGUGGGCCUUCGUAUUGAGUAGGGGUUGUAGACCCCACUGGUCUGGACAACCUUUCAUGGCCUGGCGUGAUAAUGAUGGGGUUAAUGCCAGUCAGGAUUCAAGUCCUGUUUCAUCCCUUGUCACGGUGGCAAGUUUCAAUAAAAGACUAAAAAAAGGGCGUUAGAGUUGUAUAGACUGAGCUAUGGAAGUCUAUAUAAUCUAUGACCACUUACUUUCCUACUUUGACUAACUCCUUUAGAUUCUUCCUCUUUUACAGCUUUUUGCCUCAUGUCGACCAUUACAUUCUCUCCUGAACAAUUCAUUUCUUUUUAGAUAGUUGUUGUUAUAUGUGGCAUCAUUGGGCAAUAAUGGAACAAGGUUGUGGCAUUUCAUUACUGAGAAUAAAGACGCUAUAGUGGAGUUUUGUGUGUUUUUUCCUUGUCAGGUUAUGAGGCACGCUGGACUACUUAGAAAGGCAUCUCAUGCUCACAAAGAAGGGGUAAGUUUCGGAUCAUUAUACAUCUCUGAGAACCUACCCCUUCCCUAAGCCAACGUUUUGCCCUAAGUGAGAAGUAGGUGUUAAUGUUGGCUUAGGGGAGGGGUAGGUGGGCAGUUUCCCCAGAGACGUAUUUAAGAAACGGUCCAGAUAAGAACGAUAGCAACAACGGCAACGAACAUGUUGGAAUGCAAAAAAGGUGUAACUUUUCUAUUGUCUGUACUUACUUCUGAUUGGCUUAAACAGCAAAAGUUAACAAAACUUCAUAAAGCGGUAUAUAUAUUCAUCCUUACUUUCCAACCAUCUUCCAUAUAACAAAAUCUAGUCUCGGUUUGAAUAACAAAGAAAUCCUAUGUGGGGAACAUGUAAAAUUGUAAACUUUGCUUGGCUAUUGUUUUCAACUCUUGUGAUUGGUCAAAAUCUUUUAACACAAAAAAACACCCUUUCAAAGUGGAGUGUAAAUGCAUUUUAUUGCGGUAAAGGGCCUUCAUGUAGGUUUAUGCAUUCUCUAUGUAAAAAUGAGAACAUUUCUAUGUGGGGAAGGCACCGUUGCCGCAGAACAAAAGAAAUUGCUAUCCACCUUACCCGAAUCAUCACUUAAUGAUCCUACGUUUCUUUUAUUUACUUCCACCGAUCCCUCUUUGGUUUCUAAUUUCAAUUACAAAUCCCUGGCCUUUCUUUAUAUUAUCAUUCCAUCAAGAGUGAUGAGAGGAAUCGAAAUAUAAAUUGCUUGGGAAAAUUCUUUACCAAGAAAAAUUAUAGAUUCGUAGUAAUAAAAAAUAUAUAUGAAGAGUUAAAUAAAGAAAAAGAACGCGAAUGUAUAAGCGUACUGUUGCUUUCUCAGUACACAUAGCAAAAGUCAGGACUGACCCGGAUGGACCGCUCAUUUUGAAAAUGAAAUACUGGCUUUUUUUGAGUUUUCGCUAAAAACCUAUCACCUGCUGUGCGUGAUUAUUUAGGACUAGUCUAACCUUGCCAUAGACAUCCCUGAUUAGUAGUGGGAAGUCUAGUUACGACUGAAAUGGUCUGGCUUAUGGUAAGCGCCUUUCCAUUAUUCUUCUCACUUUUUCCAUAAAUUAAAACUAAGCUGACAAUCAAGAUCGACUGACUGUUAGUUAGCGAUACUCAAUGUUGUUGAACUGUAGUUUAAGCAAAAGCGGCCUAAACAGUCUUAAUUUGUCAUGCCUAUAAUGAAACGGACGUUAGUAUUUUUUGUCAACACGAAAGUACUCGAGCAAAGAAACCGCUCAAUUCAAAACUGAUGUUCGUCUCUCGUAGGAUUUGCUUCCUCUUCCGCCGCAGCUAAGACAACAAAAGAUCCGUGGUAUGAUUGAGUUUACAAGCGAAGAGGAAGAUAAAGUUAUCAAGCAUCUUAUCACUGACAUGAACCCUCAGUCGAUGGCGGACGCUAUCCCAGGUCUUCCUGCGCAUAUUUUGUUCAUGUGCAUAAGGCAUGCUGAUCACGUGAAUGAUGACCGCCGCAUGCAGAGUCUUCUGAGCAACAGUAUUAAUAGCAUCAGAAAAGUUGUCAAGGUAACGUUAACGAACACAUCGGUCAAACACACUGGACAUGCGCAGUUGCCUUUGAAAAGCCUGUGACGAAUUUGUUCACAAAAACUGAAAAUCUAAGGUCGUGUCUGAAACUGUUUUUCGUUGUUUCUUGCUAGAAAAUUAUUAGUUCCAAGUGAGGAAAGUUGCUAAAUUUCUAGUCCCGUAGGUUCGAUUCUGAAACGUUUCGUGCUCUCUGUCCCCCUGUGAGGUCGAAGCGUAUUCUAGAUUGUUUUCAGUAAAUCUUUUCCUUUUCCAACAGAAAAAUCCCAGUAACCUGGACAUUUUGGCCUUCUGGUUGGCCAACACCUCUCGGCUUCUCCAUGACAUGAAACAAUACAGUGGUGACCGGGUAAGAAGACACUUUACUGUAGCUUACUUGAUGCCUUGCCUGACACAUGCCACCUUUUUAUACAUGUAAUUGCCUCUACAACCGCUGUGUGCUAUUAAUAGGUGUAGGCUUUGUUGUCAUCGAAAGUCAUAACCCCAGCCUAGUUUGUUAUGAUACCAGCAGGUCAUAUUUUAUGAAUCAACUGGUGCCCGCGUUGAAAACGUACAAGUUUUUGUAAGUCAGGAAAAUCGCUUUUACACUUCUCACCGCAGUAAAAUUUAACCAAAGCGAGAAAGAAGUGGGGCAACAGUUUUUAAUGGCAACAUUUAACGCGAACGAAAACACAAGAAAUGCUUACAAAGGUAUAAUUGUGAAAGAAUGUUAUUUACGCAUUUCCAUAUACCAACUAUUUUUUGACAGUGUUUGAUCAUUAGGGUGUUUAAGGAAGGUUUCUUUAAGUACUUGGCCUUUUGGCUCACGUUAUUUCACCUAAAUACUGUUCUUAUUCAUUCUUUCAUUCUCAUUCACUUCCAUCCUUCCUUCUUUCCUCACUUAUCUGAUAAUUGUUCAGUGGCUAAUAAGACGGCCUGAUGAAGAAGGACUCUCAGCUUCACUCAUUAAACACUGGACUAGUAUGAAGGAUUACAUCAAAGAUGUUAGUGCUGUCUCACUUAACUUUUAAUCUUCUUGUAGUGUUUUCCUGUUGCCACCAAACCCAAAGUCAGGCGUUUCUUUUUUUUUCCUUUUUACAUUUUAUGGAUUUUGCUUUCAGCACUUCAUUUUUCUCCCGCUCAUUUUCUUUGGCCUAUCUCUCCUUUGUUUGUUUGUUUGUUUGUUUUUGCUUUUUUCCUUUCACUCAUUUUUCUGGAUACUUUAUGCUCAACCAUUCAUUGUCCGUACGUAUUUAUGUUUUUCAUCGAUCACUAAGCUGCAUCAUAUAACAUAAUUUUAUUCAUGUAUUUAUUUAUUUAUUUACACUAUGCUAUUUACGCCUCAUUGUCUAAGAAAAUGGGUUUUCUUGUCUUAAUUUGCUUUUUAAAACCUCUUUUCUGUGAGCACGAGGUUGAAAUUGCCUUGGGUAUAUUUAAGAGGAAAUGCGAUAGUUUUAUUCAUUCCUGCAUGCUGAAUAAUGUUUUAUGUACUGUACGUUUUUGUGCUUUGUGCUUUAAUUGCAUCAAAGUAUCAGUGUACCUUAUAAAUAGGUAAUUCUCGUGCAUAUUUCACAGUAAAAGGUAGUUCUACGAUUCACAGUCCAAAAAAUAAAUGAUGAUAUCGCUGAAAAUUUGGAAAUUGUACAGUAAACGUUCUAUCACUUGCAUGCUUAUUGUCCCGAAAAAGUACUUAUAGCACUAUGUUCUAGAGCUUUUUUGCUCUCAUUGCACCUCCCCCACCCCUUUCCUCUGUGUAAGUACCGGAACUUACAGUGAACUGACGCAUUUUACUCCGUUGUUGUUUUGGCCUGAUACGUCUUGGCUAUAACUGAUUCUUGUUCAUAUUUGGCAUUUUAGGCGUUUCAAGUUCAUAACACUCCGGAACAGAACGAGCAAUGUUUGAAAAACUUUGACCUGACGGAGUACAGACAGGUGCUUAGUGACCUGGCCAUACACAUCUACCAGGACUUAGUAAAGUGCAUUUGGGAAGCAGUUCAACAAAUGAUAGGUAAAACAGUAUGUUUGCUGCUUUCCCACUGAUGUCAGCGCUUUGGUGAGCUUCCUGCAAUGUUUUGGAGGAUAUCAUAUCUUCUGUUUGAGGGCAGGGAGGGCUAGUGUACCAGUAGUAUAGGGCGCACCGAAUUAUCCUUUUUUGCGCAGGGAUAUCGUGCUGACUAAUUAACAAUUAUUCCUCGAGCCCGAGUGGGCUCUGAGUCAAUAGCCCACGAGGCCGAAGGCCGAAUGGGCUAUUGACUCAGAGGCCAUGAGGGCGAAAACAUCGAGAAUAAAAAAAUUUUAGCUAGUUAAAGCUAGACUUUAAUCUAGUAGGCUAUAACAUAUAGCCUAGUAGUAGCUCAACCACUCAGAACGCAUCAUUGAUAAUAGACCACUAGUUGGAUUUUACUAAAUAAGAAUAUGAUCCCUUAAACUUACAUCAUCGCUCGGAAAUAACAAGAAAAACUUGUCAAAGCGGUUAAACCCAAACAUAGCAUGCACAUGGUGUUAUCGUAAUGAGAUUUUCCCCCAUUUUAUCUAGAGAUAAGGACAAAGGCUGUGACGUCAUAAGGUUAAUGUAUUUCUGCGUACGUUAAUGAUAUUCCUGUGCAAAAAAGGAUAAUUCGGUACGCUUCAUACUAUUUGUACCUGCUUUUUUUACUUUAUAUGAAGUAUAUCUUCGAUUUACCAUUGCCGCGAUCAAAACAAAAAUAAACAUUAAACAAAGACAACGUGAUUGCAACUUAAUAUGCGUGGAUUUUACCCAACAUUCUAACUUUUGAAACACAAACAUGUAAAACUGGAGGGAUUUACCUUCUAGAGGGAUACAAGUAGCAAGCCUUUGUCUGAUUUUCUGAAUUCAUUUGAUCUUGUCGCUUUCUUGUGUUACAGUCCCAGGCAUGCUUGAGUAUGAAUCGAUUCCUGGAGUGUCAAGUUCUAAACCAUUCGGUGGCCGAACUAAAGCUCAUGCUGACAUCACGGUCAAGUCUAUCACCAAGAUGGUUAGUAAAUAGUUACACUGCAGUUCACGGGGCAGGGUACGCGGCGUUACAAUGACAAAAUUAGUUGAGACACUUUGCCCUAAAUUACCUCUCUAAGGUUUUUAUUUACCAACUUAAAAAAGGGAAAAUAAAGCUUUCCAUCCCCACCCCUUCCAUGCAAUCUUCUGCCGCUGUUCGAGCUACCUCUAGAAAACAACAAAUACCCCAACUUUGAAUGGUGGGGAGGGGGAGGGGGGUUGAUUGUUUUGUUCUCUGAACUUACCCCAUUUGAGAACAAUGUCCCAACAAUUUUGUCGCAGAUUUUCAGGUUAACUCAUGGCUGACUGUGCGUAAGGUACUUGCCACUCUGUGGAGAAAUAAUAGGGACCUAAAGCAACUACGACGACGACAGCAGUGAAAACAUCACUGAAAAAUGAAUUUGCGUCCUUUCAAACUUUAUCGCGUCUAUUUGGAACCGCUCAAUUCGUCAAAUGAAGGCGACUUUUCCUGGAGUUGAAUUCGCAUGUCCACGUCCUCCAUAUAACGUCGCAUUGGGAGGUUUCACGUCGAAGUCGUGCAGUGGACGUCAAAGAAAUGUGCUAAAAAGCGUGAUGCACGUGAAGAGCUGUUGUUUUGGUUGAGGCUGUUGUUGUCGCAGUCGUCGUAGUUACUUAAGGCCUAGGUCCCUAAUACCAGAGAGAACGUGACUUAAAACCAAUACCAAAUUAAUUAUUCUAGCCAAUCAUAUGACUGACAAAUCCCGCUUGUAAAUUAGUGAAUAUUUUGAUGUAAAUACAUGUGGCAAGUGUCAAGCGCAGAAAAACAGGUGUAAGCCCGGUCACAGCUGUUAUUGAUUUUAAUUCCUAGUGGCCGAGAAAGUUGCACGAGGUUUCUCAGCCAAUUUUAGCGUGUAGUUGUACAAACCAACACAACCGCAUGGAUAACUUCUUUCGACACCUAAUUAGGAAAACUCCGCGGGUUAGUAUGAACCGGUUUUGAACGAAAAUUGUAAUUUACGUACGAGGGAAACAAUAAGUGAUAACUUGUUGGUACCCUGCAUUUAUGGUGACUGUUUCUUCUGUCGUAUUUUCAUUACAAACGUUUUAUUUCAGUUGUCAAAUUUCCUUGCCAUACUCAAUGCUCACUGUGUUGAUCCAGAGAUCAUCAAGCAGGUAUUCCGCCAGGUAUGUUCCAUAACUCGUACUUCCUCGCUUGUCCUUUUGAUCAUGUGCUCGUCGUAUUUGUGUGUGAGAGAAAGGUUCAUUUUAUCGCAUGCAGCGUUGCUACGAUUAAACCUGCGAUACUCACAAGUCAUUGGUAGAUCUUAGGUGUGUUUUACACAAUAAUCUCUUGUCGUAGGUAAGCACAUCGCAUGUGUGAAUCAUGUUGAUAGGCCCUAUCACCUUACCGUCUUCUCCUUAAUACAAGAGACUAUAUGCUAACGUAAAAGUAACUUGGGUUUGUUGUCAUGGUAACCGCCAUGGCGGAAGACGCAAGACUCUUUUUCCAGUUUAUAGAGCUGCUUAAGUAAAGAAAUCAAGUUGCAAACUGAGUCAUAGAUUUCUUUUCACCCUGGCAAAUGUUUUUCCGUUGAGGCAGGAGGGAGGAGAAAAAGUUGUUAAUAAUAACCUUGGACCUGCUUGAACGACUAACUGUGUUUGUUUUAUUCAUGGCGCAGCUUUUUUACUACAUUGGAGCUAACAUGAUGAACAAUCUGCUGCUUAGAAAAGACAUGUGUCACUGGUCCCGCGGAAUGCAGAUCAGGUUAGUUUACUGUUACACACACUUUGGUUUUUUACCAUUUAUACGUGGCAAACCGGUCGAUUUACGGUUUGGGUAAACGGUAGCAAAAUUCGCGUAUACUGUUUGAACAAAUCAGUUCCAUUGACCGAAAAACGGCUGCAAAGAUGCUUUGAAGAAAUGGACAAUGAAUUUCCGUUUUGAACAUUCCCUCUGGGAAGACAGGACUACCUUUUCAUAUGUUCCGCUGCUCCCGGAAAUUUCUGUGGGGACCACCCAAAACGUUGUGUGCGAUUUAAUUUCCAACCUGAUUCUCCGGAAAUCUUUGUAAAUGGUAAACAACCAUUGCCCUCUUGUAAUUCCUAAUUCGACCAACAACGAAAAAAAACUGACUUUAGAGGAGUGUUAACACAAUUACUGGUAAACCAGUAGUUUUAGCAAUCCCAACUGGUUGAAGGCAAACCAGUCGGCUAUUUACAAGCGUGAACAAAUCCAGUUAGCGGUUUGGGCGGGGAUUGAACUAGGGGCCCGGGAUUACAAUUUCAGCGUUGUAACGGCACGGCCAUACUGCCCUCAGUGGAAGAGCACAAAAAGUGUCUUCCAUCGUACAAAAUUACUUUCAUACGGAAGUGCUCUGAGAAAAGGAGGCUUAAACUAAGAAUGCAUUUAUUUUUGUUAAUCUCCGAACCAGAUUCAACCUGAGCCAGCUAGAGGACUGGGUCCGUAUAAAUCAGCUGGAGGGCAGCGGUAUCGUGGAAGCCCUAGAGAAUGUCAUACAAGCGACACAACUGCUCCAGGUCAAUAAGAAGACUCUAGAAGACGUAGAUGCUAUCUGUGAAGUGUGCAGCUCUCUUAAUACUUUGCAGGUAUGAUAUUGAACUAUUCUUCUCAAACUCAUUAAUAAUUCAUAAAGAAAAUUCAAAGGAAAUUAAUGUUUAAUGAGUGUUUGGAUAUCUGAUGAAAAACUGCUCAUUUUUGCAUCCUUAAUUUCUCCUUCAAAAAUGAUUUUGUUUGAGAAGAAAUAUCAAACAUUCGACACAGUGUUUCAUCACCAGAUGAAACACCUCGAAGUUGGUCAAAAAUACUCCGCUGCGCGUCGUAUUUUCAACUCUCUUCUCGGUGUUUCAUCUGGUGAUGAAACACUGCAUCUCAUGUUUGAUAUAUUACGUAAGAGCCCAGAACUCGGCGUGAGCACCUCUAUCCAUGUAUUUCUGGCACGGCUUUUUCACAGGACCAGUUUAAUAUUAAAUCGAUUUUGGUUAUCAAUCACGUACGUCCCACAAAUAAGUUAGCAAUACCUACAACCUGAAAAUAGUAUUCUGGGCCGAGUUGUUCAAAGCCGGGUUAAGAUAACCCAGGGUUAGUGCGAGAUUUGAAUUCAAAUUUGAAAGCUUAAAAAGAAUUUCAGUUUUAAUUCUGUUUGUCUACAAUUUGAUGAUUGAAAUCUCUAAAUAUAAUAGAGAAAGAGAAAUUAUCCGGGAAAAUGCUUUUGAAGACAAGAAGGAGAAACCCGGGUUAAAUUUAAUCCCGGGUUAAGCGCUAAUCGGCCUUCGAACAACUGGGCCCAGGGCCGUUUGGAUGACGUUAAGUUUUCUUUGUUUCACACUUCGGAUGUACGACUAGUCUAUGAAAAAGCCAUGACAUAGUCCUCAGUAGUAUUGGAGGUGAUCGCUGAGAUCAUUAUUUCCGUGAUCCCUACAACUUUUCUACACAGCUAGGUCAAUAUUAAGUAAUAAUUGUUCUGAUGAAACACUGCAGACUAUAAGGCUAUUGUACACAGCCAGGACCCACGACUACACGAAAAAAACCGAUGGUGUCUCUAUGUACCGGUCCCUUCAUAAUAGAUGGUUUCUCUGUGCUAUGGUUUAUCUCACAAGGUUACGUGCGGGACAAAAAAUUGGGGACUUUUCCGUUGUUUGCUCGGUGUUGUUGCUGUAUUUCCGUUAGUAUGAGGUAUUGAUGAAAAAUAUCCCCAAGAGUUUUGUCUCUUUUUUCCCAUUUUUUAGGUUCAGAAAAUUUUGUCCAUGUACACUCCCGCUAAUGAAUACGAAGCCCGAGUUCCAUCCUCCGUGAUCCGUGCCGUGGUGGAUCGAGGACAUAAUAAGACCGAGCCAAUGUACCUUAUGAAUGACACGGCUUAUAUGUAUCCAUUCACACUGCCGUUCACUCCUUCUGCGGUGUCACUGGAAUCUCUCACCAUACCUGAACAUCUCAAUCUUGAUUUCCUGAAGGUGGUUUAACGACAUGGGUUGGGUAUGUGUCAUUUAUCUGUGCUGUCGAGGAAUCAUUUCCGGCCGCGCAGAAACGAAGCAGUCUUGAUUUUCGUUGAACCGUCAACAAGGAUCGGAGCUAAGUGAAUAAUCCAAGUAACGAGCUAAUAUGAAUUAUCCAAGAGUGAAUGAUGGAGCCGCUUAAGGUCGUUCUACAUUUUGAGCCUGUAGACGAAAUUUUGCGGUGUGACUAUUCAAAUGGAACCUCUACCCUCUGCCAGUGUUUUCAGGUGGUGGAAUGUGUUUUUCAAGAUUUUACUUAAUGAAAUGUGGGAAUGUUGAAAUUUUGUCAAAUUUUAAAUUGCACCAUUUUUGAAAGUGAGAGGGUUAAACUAUCAUACAGUAAAAUCUUAAGUCAUCAACAGUAGUGUGAAAUGGGCCCAUAGCUUCUACUGGAAUGGCGUCCUUUGCGAAUUUCAUCUAUACACUCAAAACUUUCAAAUUGUUUAAUACAAACAUAGUUUGACAGCAAAGUACUAACGUAUGCUGUUAUUGGAAAGGCCCUCUAAACUUGGGGAUUCCACCUAGGAGAAACGUACUUUGAUUCCAGCAAGACUGUUAAAGUGCUCACAAGUAGCUCAGUCAGUAUGAGUGAAAUCAGUCCCAAGUUGAUCCAAGAUUAAGAUGAAAACCUAAAUAAGCUUCCGACUCAGGGGAGUGCAAAACUCCCUCCCUUCUUCCUCUCCCUCUAAGGCUUGAUCUUAUGCUCAGCAUUCUUGGUUAUCGGAGGGAGUAUUUUUGGUUAAAUUUGACAAAUCUAACAUCAGCUUAAUGACAGAUGAAGUUCGAUUUCCUCUCGCAGUGUGGUAAAUUAUUAUUUUUUGUUGGUUCUUACAAAACAGCCUGCUGUUUUACUUCAAAGUGACACAAAUACCGCGAAAUUAUACUCAGUACUUUUGUUGAAAAUUCGUUGUGAGGUAGCAGACGAAAAAGAAACCGAGAAAUGAAAAAGGUUUGCUAACCUACAGUGAAGGUUUUCUUGUUUAUUAAACAAGUAAAUACUAAAAUUUCAUCAUUAUUCAUCCUAGUUCAGGGUGAUAACUAUUGCAUAGGUUAACUAAUGCUCGGCUAGGAGAUUUUGCAAUGCUAUAGUAAACUCUGUCAGAACGUUCAUAUGGGUCGGCAUCGGCGAAAAAGUAUAUCAUGUAAGAGAAAUAACUAAUGUUACAAUUAGGAUCGUCAAGUAUUUAGCGAAAUGUUGCUAGGUACCACUGUAAUGCGUAAUAGGACAGUUUUCUUACGACCUUAAAAUGAUAACGGGUUAACACAGCCAACGUGAACGAUUUGAAAGCAAUCAAAUUGGUUGGUUGUAAUUUGAAUUAGCAAAGGAAGCCGACAACGCUCACUGCUGUGAUGUCACAUCUACUCUCGUUCUGAUUGGAUGAUUCUUUGGACCUCUGACCAACAAAACAUUGAAAAAGCAAGAAUUUUUUUUAAGAUCAGAAGAAAAUUGCCCGAGCUUUAGAAUUAAAUAAUAUUAAAGUAUCCUAGUGUCAUAAUUUCCUAGGAGUCAAGUGUAUUUACAUGUUAAGUAAGUCAUAAUAAUAUAAGUGAUAAUGAUAUCAGGAAUGAAGACAGAUAGUAAUCUUGGUCUUAUUUUCGAGAACAGUACACGAAAAAUAGUGUGAGGAUAUAUUUACUGGCACGUUGUUAACUCUGAUGUAAAUUUUUGAACUCAAA